UUAUAAACGAGAUGACUGACAAAUUUCGUAUCCACUCAUGUUCCAGGAUACAGUGAGAUUACGGAUGAGUUUACAAGAUGAUGGAACAAACAUACACCAUCCUGGGUGUGAAGCUAGCCUUCCCAUGCAAGGCUUAUCCUACCCAGCUUUCUAUGAUGUCCAUGAUCAUCAAAGGUAUUGAUCGACAUCAGAACUGCCUCCUUGAGAGUCCUACUGGGAGUGGAAAAAGUCUUGCGCUUCUCUGCUCAUCACUUGGAUGGCAGGCAGGAGAAAGAGAGAAACAGAAAAAGGCAGCUGCUGAAGCGUACAACAAGGCUGACUACAUACCUAUCGAUGAUGAUUAUGAUGACAAAAGUUUUAGGAAACCUUGUACCUGUAGUUGCAACAAGCCUUCAACAUCGACUACUGACCCUGGUCCUUCAACAUCCACGGCUACUUCCAGUACGAUAAUUCAAGAUGAUGAGAAGCCUUCCAAAAUAUCGCCUCCUUUUGAAUCGAAAGGGAAAGAAGAAGAAAGUGCCAUUCUCAUAUCUGAAGAUGAGGACGAAAAAAAGGAUGGAGCCAACAAAAAGGAAGAUGAUGAUGAUGACUUUGACUUUCAACCCUCUAAGAAACGUUCACGAAAGUCUGUUGGUCCAAUGGGUACUGCUAAGAAGACAAAGCGUCAGAAGGGCGUAGUCUUUGAUGAUGAUUUUGAAGAUGUUGUAGAGCAGUCUCCUAAUCCUCAUACCAAGGCUCACUGGGAGAUGAAAUUAGUCACACCUAAAGCUAAGGCAGGAGCCAAUGAACUAUCGGGAUCAAAGAAUGACACGUCACCAUGCUCCUGUUCCUGUCAUAUCUCUAAAUGCCAGAAGAUGAUGGAGGAGGAGGAGAAAGGUAUGAAGAAAGAAGGAGACACCCCCAAACCAAUAAAAGUACCUAAGAUCUAUUUUGGUACAAGAACUCACAAGCAGAUUGCUCAGAUUAUACGAGAGCUUGGUCGGACUGCAUACAAGUCAGUCAGAAUGAGUAUUUUGGGAAGCAGGGAGCAUACAUGUGUCCAUCCUGAAGUCUCUAAGAGUAAGAACAAGAAUGAAGGAUGCAAGGAACUUCUUGAUAACAAAACAGGAGGGACAUGCAAGUAUUUCACUAACGUCCACAAGAUGAAACAGCAGUGGCAGAUCCGUGACUAUGGACUCACAGAGGCUUGGGAUAUAGAAGAUUUAGUCAACCUGGGAAGACGGGUCAAGGCAUGUCCAUACUUUUCAUCCAGAUCACUGAAGGAUCAAGCUGAGGUUAUCUUCUGUCCAUACAACUACCUCAUAGAUCCUAUGAUAAGAGAAUCGAUGGAGAUUGACCUGAAGGGACAGGUGGUCAUCUUGGAUGAAGCGCAUAACAUUGAAGAUUCUGCUCGGGAAGCUGCCAGUCUCACUGUCACAACAGAACAACUUCAAGAUGCCAUCGAUGAGCUUGACAAGCUAUUAUCUUUCAAGUUUCGUGAAGAACACACCAGAGUUAUUCACAGUGUGGGUUCAAGUAUCCUGAGAUGGAUCAACGACUUCUCCACCACCCUGCGGCAGAAUGACUUUGAUAGAGCCUCAAGGAUGUGGACUGGCCAGGAGAUGGUGGCUGCGCUGGCCAACAUGGGAAUCUCACCAGGAACACUGGGUACUCUGCAGCAUCAUCUGGCAGCCCUUAUGGAAGAUGAGGAUGAGAGAGGGAUCAAAGAGAUGGGUCCGACCUUGGGCGCGGCUACUGGGUCACUCUUCAAAGCUCUCUUUGUCAUCUUUAACUUUCUCUUCAAAGAUGAUAUGAAGUUCACCAAAGAUUACAAGGUUGCACUGCUGAAGACCAAAGCCAAGAAUCAGUUCCCAAACACAAACAAUAGAUGGAUCCAGAGACGAAGAAGCAACCAGGCUGUGUGGACAUUGUCAUUGAACUUCUGGUGCCUGAACCCAGCUGUUGCUUUCACAGACUUUGGGAAUUCAGUUCGGACGAUCAUCCUGACUUCAGGAACCCUAUCACCAAUGAGUUCCUUUGCCUCAGAGCUUGGUGUGGCUUUUCCUAUCCAGCUUGAAGCGAACCAUGUCAUCAAAUCCUCUCAGGUGUGGGUAGGCUCUUUAGCCUUUGGUCCCAAUGGACACUCCUUGAAUGCUACCUACAAAAACGCAGAGACAUUUGCAUUCCAAGAUGACCUUGGUCGUGUGGUGUUAGAGGUCUGUAAGGUGAUACCGUAUGGAGUUCUGUGCUUUGUGUCUUCGUACAGUAUGAUGAACAAAGUGAUAGAAAGAUGGACGGCAACAGGACUGUACGACCAGCUCCAGUCUUUGAAGUCAGUGAUGUGUGAAGCAAGAGGAGGUGAUAAAUCAGUCUUUGAUGAACAACUAAGAGAGUACUAUGAAACCAUCAAACUAUGUGAAGAAGAUGGUUUGGAGAACCAGCGAAUCACGGGAGUGCUGAUGUUUGCUGUUUGCAGAGGAAAGAUCAGUGAAGGCAUGGACUUUGCUGACAACAAUGCCAGAGCAGUUAUCACUGUUGGCAUUCCAUACCCAAAUGUUCGCGAUGCUCAGGUCGAGGCUAAACGCCAUUACAAUGACCAGUAUGCUGCCUCUAGAGGGCUCCUAUCCGGUGGCGAAUGGUACGAGGUUCAGGCAUACAGGGCUCUUAACCAAGCCUUGGGCAGGUGCAUUAGACACAAGAAAGAUUGGGGAGCAAUCUUGUUGAUUGAUGAGCGUUUUAGCAGGAAUCCAAAGAAAUACAUUUCAGGUAUUUCAAAGUGGGUGCGAGGCAAGGUGAAUCAUCAUUCUCAGGCUCGAGAUGCUCUCACCUCUCUUUCUGAGUUUGCCAAUCUCAGGAUGCAAACUUCACCUGAUGCAGACACAUCUGUUUUUGAUGGUUCCCAGCCCAAUUCUCAGACCUUGAGUCCAGUCACUCCAAGUGCCUCUUCAUUGAACACUAGCAAUCUUUCCCACACGCCGUUCCGCUUUGGCCAUCAAACCAGCAUGCCUGGUACUCCAGAAUGUGGUCAAACCAGCAGGAUGGAUAACACUAACCUUCCUAAGCAGGAGAAGGGUAUGCUCUUUGGUCGGAGCAAUGUCGGUCAGCUGUUCAUUCCUAUGUCCAAGAGUGCUUUAACACCUACUAGCAACUCUACGAAUGACCCUACACCAUUGCAACACCAUAUAGGUCAGCAAGGAUCCAUGGGUUCCUCUGUAGCAAGAGGCAAUGGGCAAUGUCAGACCAUUGCAGAGGAAGACCAGGAAGAACAGAAAAAGGGGAGGAAGUCAAGAAGAGAGAGAAAACCUAGAGGGAAAAGAGCCCAAGAGAAACUUGAUGCUGCCCAGAAAGUACCACCUCAGCAGACACUCCUGUCAUUUUCACCAGCUGUAGCAUCAAAUGCAAACGGUUGUGUUUCCAAACAGCAGCUAGGUAUGUCCCUCAUCAACAAGACAAACGGUGCACCCAAUGUUGUGAUCAUGAACAGUGGCACUUGCCAAAAUGCCCAAGCAGAAUCAACAAGUUUUGUUCCUGUACACUCAGUGCAAGCUUUACCAAGCAUCCCAAUCCACAGUGGUGGGGUCAUUGAUGUGACAUCACCCAUGAAGAGUUUGUCAAAUGUAGAUGAAGUGCAAAGAACUCACAUACCAACUCCAAAGGCAAAACUUAAGUUUGAUGAUGAACCACUACCAAAAGACAAGGAGGAAGCAACAAAGACAUCUUUCACAUCAUUUAAGAAUAAACUUUCCAGGUUUGCCUUUACCAAAGAUGAAAAUGACAAUGGGUGCCAAAAGGAGGAAAGGAAUGACAACAUAUGUUGCAGGUUUGAAAGUUCUUGUGGAACCGUUUCUAAUCAGGAAACAUUAGUUAAAGGAAAAGUUGAAGAAGUACAAGAUGACCAUAGAGAUCAAAGAACUACUUGUGUACCUACAAGUGAUGAAGAGGAAGAACACUAUGAUGAGGACAUGAGGAGAAAACAACGGGAGGAAGAAAAUGGUACUCCUGUCCUCUUUGAUUCUGAAAUGGGAGAUUCUGGAAGUGACGCACCUGGGAAACCUAUUCCUUUCAUCCCUCAAGGCACCAAGGCAGAACCUGAAGAAUCAAGGAAGUGCAGUACUGAGGACAUCUCUGAAAUUACAAAUGAGAAUAACAGUUACAUUGCAGCUGAUAAGACUGAUGACACAAAUGAAAUGAAGAUUGAGAGAGACUGUGAUAGAUCGUCCAGGAGGUUGUCCAUCAAGGGACGAAGGAAUCUCAGUCGUAGAAAGGAUCACGGUGAACAGAUUGAAGCCAAGGAGGAUGUAAAUGGAUCUACUUUUCAAGAGACUAAACCUCACAUGUUAGUGCGUCGGUCUGCCAGGACAAGGAGAACACCUAAGAAAGUUAUCGAUUCUGUCGAGAAAUCAAAGUUCUGCAAAGAUGAUAUAGAGUGUGUCCAGUGUGGUAUACCAUUGGUUCGCAACUUAGAUGGUGUGGCAUGUCUAAUGCCUGAGGAUGUCAAGAAUAAGUACUUAUCAGAUGUCAUGGCAACUAAAGAUAGGGGUCAGAGGUCAUCUUGUAGAUGCGCAGUGAAAGGAGUGGAAGGAUCUAUAAUAAUGACUGAUGCAAGCAAUCUGGUGCAUUGUAAUUCUAUCACUGCAGAGAAUAAGUCAGGAUUGCAAUUGAAUGCCUUUUGGAGUUCCGAAGAUGCCUGUUGUUAUCAACCAAUCGUAUGCUCUGUUUGUGAUGACAAGAGAAAGCAAGGUCCUAAACUUUCUAGUACACCACCUGUGAUUGGCUGCUCUGUGGUGGCAGCCGCACCAAAUUCAUCACAAGUGGUAGGAGAAUCAUACAUUUAUCCUGAGGGGGUUGGUUGUUGCACUCUACUACUGUCACAAAAGAACAAAUGAGUAAAGAAAAUUGUCUUGAGGAUGGAGAAAGUGUAAAUGUAUCUCAUCUCCCUUUCAGGUAUCUAGUGUAUGCGUACAGGUGAACUUUCCCAACUACAUGUACAUCAGUUUUCUAUCUUGUUUUAAAAUGCUUAAUCUUCAGGGAUAUUGAUAUGUAGGAAAAAAAAUCAUUAUCGGAAAUUGAUCAGUUUGAAUAGAUAUAAACUCUAUUUCCUCCAAAAUUCGAAGAUGAAUCCCUGCCAUGUCACCCUGCAGUUGGGUAAUGAUUAUCCUAAUCAACUUUCAAAAAGUGAAGGAUAAGUAUCAACUUCCUUUUUUUUUGUUCUUGAACAAUAAUGGGAAUAGAUAUAAUUGGCAUAUAUAUCAUGAGGCUACAUGAUCAAAGUGUUGUAUGCUGAGUUAAGUUCCAGAAACUAUAUGAAAUAUUAAAGUAAUGAGCUGUUGCUGUUCAGAAGAGGAACAAAUUUAUACUUAUUUCACAUGCCUGGGGCGUGUUUUAUAGAGCUGUUCGUAAGUUGAGAGCAACUUGAAGAACGACUGGAGAACCUUUAUUACGUGCUGAAUAAUCACCAAUGAACAUUUAAUGGUGAAUAUAAUUUACCCCAAGAAAGGAUCACCAGUUCUUAAAGUCUCUCUUAAUUAAUGAACAGCUUUAUGAAACGACCUCCUCUUCAUAUUGUAUAGGUAUAUUGUUUUUUUUUUAGAUUUCCAACCAUGCAGUGCUUUAUUAUGCAAGAAGCUGGUAUACUUUCAUUAUAUCUACCCGAUUCCAUGAAUUACUGCCUUUUCUUUUUAGUUCAGAGUGUGAUAUUGGUAGGAGGAAGUAUUUAAGAUUUUAUUAAGGAGUUGAAUUUCACAGGUAAUAAGCUUUAUCAAGCCAAGGCGCCAGCAAGUAUCCCUAGAUUUAAAACCGGGAUCAUUUUUUUUUUAUUACAGACAACGGAAUGCUUAUGCAUUACUUAAUAUCAUGUGUCAAAGUGAUUGACCGCCUACAAAGCAAGAUUUUCAUAAAGAAUACUUUGAUCUCCACUUCUGUAUAUUGAUAUCAUGAAUAUGUCAAUGAUAUAACGAAAUGUUGCUGGGUGAUAUGCGUUUUUUUGAGACAGUUUCAAAGUGAAAUUUAGAUUUCAAACCUUAAAAAUGGGGAUAGACCCAUCUCAAGUAGAUAUGAACAAAUUGAGAUGAUACAUAACUUUGUGUUGUUGAACAUGCGGUGAACUAGGAAACUGUAGUGGGAUAUUUGUUAUUCAUACAAAUUGAUGCUUCUAGUGCUACCCUUCAGACUACUAUUUCACUGUCUUUUAGUGCUGUUAAUUUGGGAUCCAACGCAAAGUUGAUGUUUGGCUUAAUGUGCAGAUUUUUCAUCAGAGCAAUUGUUGCUUGAGCAAUUUCAAGGAACCUUUAAAGUUUAUUGGCAAAGUAUUUUUAUCAAAACCCUGCUUAUGUAGGUGGGUCAAUCACUUUGAUACAUGAUCAUAUUAACGUGAUGUAAUGUAAUGGUAAUAAAAGCAUCGUAAUAAAAAAAAAUGAUCCAGGGUCCCGCAACACAAAGGUUAUUAAUUGAUCGUACGCUUGAUUUCUACUAUUG